GUGAUGCCUUGCCCGCAACGACCGGGAAGUCUUCUGCGGAAUACAAACUCGCGCAAUGUCGGAAGCGCGAAAUCAGAUCUCUGUUCUCACGAAGAUUAUCUCUCUCUCUCUCUCUCUGUGGCGUGGUUGCUUAUUCCGCAAUUCUACCGGGAGCUAGCGAUUACUCAAAAGGGACGCAACGAUCGCUGUCUCCUCCCGGUCUCUUGCAUCCUUCCAAUCUCUCGUGUCCUUUGAUGUGGGGAGUUUCUGGUACUCGAGUGAUUCUUCGUUAGAAAAAUUGUUCAGGGCCAGGGUUUUAGGUUUCUCUCCUUAGAAGAUGUUGGUGGUCGGGCUAACGAGCAGAAGAUGGAGGUCAGACGAUUGCCGCCGGGCCUUCACCGGCUAAAUUCGAAAUUGCAUAUUCGAAGCGUCACCUUCUUUCAGGUCUCCGUUCUAGUCAUCACGUUCUUGGCCUACGCUUGCUUCCAUGCGUCGAGAAAGCCGCCGAGUAUCGUGAAAAGCGUUAUAGGACCGAGGGUUGCAGCAGACGGCGUCGAGAUUCCUGAAUUCGGAGGAGUCCCGGACUCGAUUCGCGAGAAUUCUACUUCCGCCGAUGGUGGUGGGUGGGCUCCGUUCAAUGGCGUUCAUGGAACGCAUCGAUUGGGAGAGCUUGAUGUCGCCUUCCUGGCCGUUUAUUCAUUGGGGAUGUAUUUCGCGGGCCAUGUCGGCGACCGGAUCGACCUUCGAGCUUUCCUGGCGUUCGGAAUGGUGGGCAGCGGGCUUUUCACGAUAUUAUUUGGCAUGGGCUACUGGUGGAAUAUUCAUUCCUUUACUUAUUUCCUAGUCGUUCAAAUGAUUGCCGGUGUUUUCCAAUCUACCGGAUGGCCUUCCGUCGUCGCUAUCGUGGGGAAUUGGUUCGGCAAAUCAAAAAGAGGAUUGAUCAUGGGGGUGUGGAAUUCGCACACUUCAGUUGGAAAUAUUUGUGGUUCAUUGAUCGCAUCUUGGGCUUUGGAGUAUGGUUGGGGAUGGUCCUUUGCGUUGCCCGGAAUUGCAAUUGCUUUGAUGGGCGUCAUAGUUUAUCAUUUUCUAGUGGUGAAACCUGAAGAUGCAGGUUUGGGAUCGCCUUCCCAGGAAUUGCAGUUGAACACUUAUGUUCAUCUCGAGCAAGCCAAUGUAAUGGAUUGUAAUGAUGAAGGGGUGGUUGUAGUUAUUGGGUCGAAUCUAGAGAAUGAGAUGGCUGUGAACGAGAUCUCAAAGAAGGCGGAAGAUGAAGGGAAGGAGGGCGAAGGCAAAUCCAUGCUUCUCUCACCUGAGUUGCCUGGAUCGAAUGGGAUACCUGCGAGUGAGAAUUCGGAGAAAGUAGACCGAAGAAAGGACGAAGAAAGGGAACUGCUUCGUUCAUCCGAGUUGCCUGAACCAAAAGCGAUUAGCUUUAUUGAUGCUUGGAGGAUACCUGGUGUAGCUCCUUACGCCUUCUGCCUGUUCUUCUCUAAGCUUGUUGCAUAUACUUUUUUGUAUUGGUUACCUUUCUAUGUUAGGCAUACAGCUGUUGCCGGUUCAUUUUUAUCUCACAAGACUUCUGGCUUACUUUCUACAUUGUUCGAUGUUGGAGGUGUUCUUGGUGGAAUUUUGGCUGGAUACAUAUCAGACAAGCUUGAAGCUCGUGCUGUUACGUCGAUCAUAUUUUUUUGUUUAUCGAUCCCUACACUUAUCCUGUAUCGCAUCUAUGGAAGCUUCUCCAUGUCCGCAAAUAUUGCCCUGAUGUUUCUUUCGGGUCUAUUUGUUAAUGGCCCUUAUUCUUUGAUCACUACAGCUGUGGCAGCUGAUCUGGGCACUGACAGUGGCACAACAGGCAGUUCACGGGCUUUGGCCACAGUUACAGCCAUCAUUGAUGGUACUGGCUCCGUUGGAGCAGCUUUGGGACCGCUGUUGACAGGAUACAUUUCAUCAAGAGGAUGGAACGGUGUCUUCUUGAUGCUUAUUCUUGCAACAUUUAUUGCUGCACUUUUAUUAGUUCGUGUUGCCAAAGAAGAGUAUGUGAACAAGGUGCGGACAUCAGGAUAACAUGAAUAUGUGAUGAAAUGAAAAGUGGGAAGCAGGAGGAAUGAUUGCUAGCAGCUUGCAAGCUGAAACUACUCGAAGCUAAAGUCCUCAUGAUAGAGAAAUAUAAUAUAAAAUGGAAGCCAAACCUUGCAGCCUUACGUGAAUUCUUCUCAUUCAUAUGAUGUUCAUUUCCUUUUUCAUUCAUUGUCACAGUUUUAUUGUGGAUGUCAGAAUAUUUUCCUCUGGAUAUUUUAAUUUUGUACACCAGAGGAUCUUAUUAAUUACUUCAAAAGUUUCAGUUCUAUAUGCUCAA